CUCGACCUCCGAAACUAUACGACGGUAUACCUAAAGAAAAGCCUAGAUACUAAAUAUACGAAGUAUAUAGUCGAGAAGGUCUUAUUACCGGUCUCCGUAAGAUUAUCGGGGAUUCCUAGUAAUAUAUACCUAGUAUUCUAUACCGACUUAUUAAGACCGGCUGUAUAA